UAGAAGUGAGAAAUCUUAUCUGGCAAUACAGUAGGCAUUGAAGGGACUGACGUUUCCUCGUUUGACCUGACAACCGCCUAAUGGGACCACAAGUGUCAUUAUAGGUGAGCAAAGUAAGGUGGAAGGGAAUGUACCUUUGGUUGAAGUGAAGUUUAACAAUUCCUUUGCGUUAUGGCGUUAUCGGUCUCGAAUUUCCUAAAACAACAGAACCUAACGCGAUACCUGCAUACUACUACGGCAUGCAAUGAAAUCAGGAAACUAGCGCGACUGCGGGUAGUUGACAAUAGUGAUAUAGGUAAACGUUCUAUGGCGGAGGGCAAACCGCCCCGAUGUAUUCACGUGUAUAAUAAAAAGGGUGUUGGGAUGAUAGGCGACAAAGUCCUGGUAGCCAUAAAAGGUGAAAUGAAGAAAGGAAUAUUGGUUGGUCUCAAACAAAAUCAAAAGCCAAAAAUACCGAAGUUCGAUAGUAAUAAUCUGGUUCUCAUCGAUGACAAUGGAUCUCCGUUAGGCACCAGGAUUCAUGUACCCAUUCCUGUAGUAUUGCGAACAAUUUUAAAAGAGAAGAAUACAGCAAAAGGCUCAGAUUAUACUAAACUACUGGCCAUAGCAACAAAACUCGUGUAGCUUACUAUAUGUAAGAAAGAAAUACAUUGUUGUUUAUUAAGAAACA